AACUGGCGGUGCUGCCACGGCUGCCACGACGAGCGCUGGCAAAAUUUAAGAAAUGAAAUUCAAUUGAAAUUGAAAUUUUUUAUCUCGUAUUUAGCGUGAAUCGUUUUUGUGUGAGUCUCGUGUGCUUUUUGCAUAAAUCCGACGAAGCAGCUCCUUUACAUCACAACUAAUCCCCUCGCAGAGACGUCGCGCGUGUGAACAAAAAGGCAAAAGCGAAAUAUCAAAAAUACAAAUAAAUAAUAAUACAAGUCAAAGAAAGCGAAUCUAAUUCGAAACAUAUCGUCGACCCAUUUAAAGUGCACACAAUUGCAUCCAAAAUAACAUAGUGUUAUCUAAGCAACUAGCGCCAUCUGUGGGCCCGAACCGAAAGUUGUUGUGGAAGUGUAUGUGCCUGUGACUGUGUGUGCGUGUCUGUGUGAGUGCGUUUAAAAAGUGAAAGUUCAGGCGAGAAGCAUACUAUAUCCUUUUGCUGGGUCAUUUCCUUGGCACAUUUUUCAAAGGCGGAGGCGAGAGCGAAGGCGAAGGCGGAGUACAUAACGAGACCGAGACACGCAAUACAUAAGCCUUACUAUAUAUCUACAACAUAACGUCGACUUUGGUAUAGCAUACACAUCAACACAUUCACAUAUACAUAUGUAUGAGCGCGUGUGUAUAUAAACGCCAUUAGCUAUACUACAUCUAUGUGUGCGAUAUUUAUGCGACAACUUUGACAACUCAUAUUUUUUAUUACUACGUGAACGGUUGAGCCAAGAACUUGGCCAUACUAUACAACAAAAAAAGGCAACCCCUUGGAGGCAGCAUCGUUGCAGUAGCCGCAGUUGUUGUUUUGUUGUUGUUGUUGGCAUCCGCACAGCCACCGACACCGCCAUCGACAUUGCCACCGCCCGCAGCAGCAGCAAGCAUCACAUUGACGUGACGUAAAUGAACGAACCCGGCGAUAUACCAUUGACACACACCAGCACGCCGGACAGCAGGCCGCCCUGCAGCAUUAUCUCAAUCAUACCAAACAUAGGGAUGUCAUCAUGCCGUGGACGUGCCGAGGCAUUUGCGCGAAGCUUGUCCUCCAAGCUGCGCACCCUGGGAACCCAGGCCAACGAGGAGGGCGCCAAUGCAGAGGAUGAGCCCAUCAUAAAUGGCACAAAUACCAACACUUGGGUGAAUGCACACGAAUCCGAACAGACUGUCACCGAUCUGCAGCCGCUGCGCCAUGAGUCGGACUCAUUUUUCGACUUUGACUGCGAGCUGGAAUCGCCAGGCAGUCCGGUGGAUGAGUGCGAGUACUUGCGUCUCAUAGAAACCGCCUCGAAUACGCCACACAACUCCACCGCUGAGUCAGGCUACGCCUGCGCCUCGGCAGCCAGCAGUCACAGCAGCACCGAUGGUCCAUACUUUGAUGCUGCCGCCGGCAGCAGCAGCAGCAUCAUCAGCAAUGUCCCAGACGAGCUGCUGGUCACGAGUCAGCCGCAGCCACAUCCGCAUCGUGGCAAAGUGCCACCGGCGGAACUCAAGGAGUUUGCCAAUGCUCUGCAAUUGAAUGGCACACACGAGUUGCUCACAAAUGGCGAGAAGGAGCAGGAGCACAAGGAAGAGGAAGUGAAGCAGGAGAGUGAAGAUGAGACGCUGUUGCAGGCACAAAUACUCAGUGAGCUGCAGCAGCAUUCGGAAAGCGUGAAGAGUACCGAGCAGGAGCAGAAGCUGGCACCCGAGGAACCAGCACUGCACAAUGGACACAUAGAUCAGGCAGAGGAACAGCUGCUGCAGCUUGAGGAGACUGCAGCGAUAGCCACAGUCGAGGAUAAGCAAGAGACGGAGCAGCAGCUGGAAGAGCAAUUGCCAGCGAAUGGCGCCGAUGAGGUUGACAAGUGCGAGAGCAAACUGACAGUCGACAUAGAAGUGGCGCAGCAGGAGCAGGCCAAGCAAACUGUUACUGAGGAGGACAAGGAGAAGGAGCAGGAAGAUGAGACGGAGGCAGACAAAGAGAAGGAGAAGACAAGUCACAGUCACGGCAUGGACACCACAGACGACGAGGAUGACUGUCGACCGCAGCGUGUGCGUCGCUGCUCCUCACUGAAGACGGGCAAAACACCACCGGGAACGCCAGGACGCAAGAAGAUUGUGCGCUUUGCCGAUGUGCUGGGCUUGGAUCUGGCCGAUGUGAAGACCUUCUUGGAUGAGAUACCCACCAUACCGAAGUCAGCGUUCGAGGAUCUGGAAAUACUGGAAUCGGAACCGCCAUUGGUGCUGGGACCGAAGUCCGAUAAGCUGUUGAUGCCGCUGUUCCAGCAGCCAGGCGGAUUGGCCACAUUCCUCGAUGCGGUGCGCGAGAAGCAAGUGUCGCUGGAGAAUGCCGCUGUCAGCGAUAGCAUCAAUCAGACCAUCUCCGGUUCGGUGCGUGUGCGCAAUUUGGACUUUCAUAAAUCGGUGCAUAUACGCUAUUCGCUGGACGGGUGGCGCAGCUAUGCCGAUCUGCAGGCCAACUAUGUGGAGAACUCCUGCGACGGCUUCUCCGACAAGUUCACGUUCGUGCUCUUCGGCAACUCGCUGCAUGUGGGCCAACGUUUGGAGUUCGCGGUGCGCUUUCAGUGCAAGGGUCAACAGUUUUGGGAUAACAAUUAUGGCGCCAACUACUGCUUCCAAUGUUUGCCCUCCUCGAAUCACACGGCAUCGCCGGCGACUGUGGUGACUGGCGCCGUGCCGACGCAUCAUGCCAGCAGUCUGGUCGGUAUGCUAAGCCCCGCAGCGGGCGAUGCCUGGUGCAAUUCGUUCUACUAAAUCACACACAACAAACCAAAUUUAGUAGCUAUGCAUGUUGCGGGGGAGGAGGCAGUAGACGACGCGGACGCGGGUCGUUGGGUCGUUGCAGUCAAUGCCAUGAAUGCCAUACGCCGUCAAUGGUUGAUCGAUGAUAAAGUUGUUGAUGAUGAUGAUCAGCACCUUGACAGCGUGUGCAGUGGCAUCUGCCACAACCAAAGAUCAGAAAGAUCAGAGAUCAGAUCAAUACCAAAAUAAUGAGAACGGCGUUAAUCCCCCAACCAUACACACACACACACACACACACACUCACACACUUACACCCACACACACACACACACACAUCACCAACCUUGUAUGUACGAGUAUGUAAGGCAAAUUGUUUAUAUUUUUAUAGAGCGAAAGAAUAGAGCUGGAGGUAAACCAGAAGCAGGAGCAGGACAACCAGGCGAAUCAAAUUACAAACAAGCUACAUGAAAAUUAUAAACAAUGAAAAUGAUCAAGCAAAGCGCCAGCAGAGUGCGAAAGAAUCCCAAAGAUAGUUGUUAGUCUAUACGUUAUAAGAAGAGCAAGUGAUAACAAAUGAUGAUCAUGAUAAUCCAAUGUCCAUGAUAUAGCUAAAUCAUGCAUAUGAUUGCGAUUAUAUUGAAAAGUCUUUAAAUGUCUUCUAUAUAUUGUCUUGAUUUCGAUACUUUCUGUUUUUUUUUAGCAGUUUGUUCAGGCGUGUGAGGGGCUCCCAUUGCGUAUACGCAACAAAAUACAACAAAACAGUUCCUCGAAUCAGAAUCAUAAUCAGUUACAACAUUCAUAUCUAGUCAAUUCAAGUUUACCCACAAAGACUUUGACCUUAAUCAUACCCACAUAUAACAUAUAGUCAAAGGGUAAAAAGCCCAGUCGAAUCUCUUGCCAAACCUCAUUAAUUCUCCAUAAUAGAUGCUACAACAACAGAUCACAGCCCAACACAUACUGAACACUCUUCUCUUUGAUAUGCCAAAAAGAAUAACUCUGUUUCUCCUUAUUUUAAUUUCCAUUUUUUCAUUGUUUAAUUUUAUUUUUGCUUAGUUAUUAAUUUAAAACGAUUUAUUUUACGAUUUCGGUGUUUUUAUUCAUAAUAUAUAUACGAUAUACAAUAUAAUAUAUUAAAUAUACAAAAUAAAACAAAAAAUGAUAUACUUUA